GUGUGUGUGUGUGUGUGUGUGUGUGUGUGUGUGCACCGUGAUCCUGGCCGCCAUCCAGCCAAGCGACGAGCUGCAACGUUGGGCUUAGCGCGUGCGGGUCUCUCAUCGGGGAUGCGCCCCUAGGAAAACGCGGGCCAGAGUUAUGCGGCCGCCUGCCCGGCCCUGCCCUGCCCUGCCCUGCCUUGCCCUGUCUGCCUGUCUGCCUGUCUGCCCUGCCUCGACGCCGCCUAGCUGCUGCUGCUGCUGCUCGUCCUCCUCUUGUUCCUCCUCCUCCUCUGCCUCCUCCCACGCCCAAACCACCACCACCAUCACCAACCACCACUGCUGAGCACCGCGGCGCCCGGCUAAUCUCUCCCCUCCCCA